CAACGUACAGCAACUGCUUUGUGAAAACAACCAAAUCAAUUAGCUUCUCUCCACGUAACCCCAAAUGUGCAUAUUCACAUCGAGUGCACUUCACAGUAUAUAAUUGGAGCAGCUUACAGUGUUCACUUCACUCCUAUCUACCAGCAACUACUCGAUCAGCAGCAAUGGCAGUUCCAAAGCUGAAGCUUAUGAUCAGCCUUGUAUUCAUUCAAGCCCUCAUCACUUCAAACCAAGCAGCCCCAUCAAACUCGGAUAUUUUCAGAGAAUACAUAGGAGCUGAAUUCAACAAUGUCAAGUUUUCUGAUGUCCCCAUUAACCCAAAUGUUGAGUUCCACUUCCUUCUCUCCUUUGCCAUCGACUAUGACACCUCAGGUUCUUCACCCACCAAUGGAAAUUUCAACGUCUUUUGGGACACUGGCAACCUCGGCGCCUCUCAAGUUUCAGACAUCAAGAAUGCCCAUUCAAAUGUGAAAGUUGGCUUAAGCUUAGGAGGGGACAGUGUCAAUAGUGGCUCUUGUUACUUCAAACCUGCCUCAGUUGAUUCAUGGGUUUCUAAUGCUGUUUCUUCACUCACAAGUAUCAUCCAGAAGUACAAUCUAGAUGGGAUUGACAUUGAUUACGAGCACUUUAAAUCCGAUCCCAACACCUUUUCCGAGUGCAUCGGAAGGCUUAUAAAAACCCUCAAGAACAAUGGUGUCAUCAAGUUUGCUUCCAUUGCUCCUUUUGAUGACGAUGACGUUCAGAGCCACUACUUGGCCUUAUGGAAGAACUAUGGCCAGUUGAUAGACUAUGUGAAUUUCCAGUUCUAUGCAUAUGAUCAGAGCACCACUGUGUCUCAGUUCAUCAAUUAUUUCAAGAAGCAAAGCUCAAAUUACAAUGGCGGGAAGGUCUUGGCGAGCUUUAGCACCGAUGGGAGUGGUGGAUUGUCCCCUGAAAAUGGGUUCUUCACCGCCUGCCAUAGGCUCAAGAGUGAACAAAACCUUCAUGGUAUCUUUGUUUGGUCUGCUGAUGAUUCCAAGAAAAAUGGUUUCCGCUAUGAAAAACAAUCCCAAGCUCUUUUGGCAAUUCCACACUAGCAUUGUGCACACACAGUCACACUACACCUGCUGCUAUGUAGAUGAUUAAGAUUCAGGACCUGGAAUUGAGACGUUCCAAGAUAUUGUAUUAGUACUAUGCAUGUACUUUUAUCCAGUAGUUAUAUCUUCUAUACAUUUGUGCUAAAUGUUUAUGAAUACUACGUUAUGUUUAACUAUAAGCAUGCACUUUAAGCAUUCAGUUCUGUUUCAGCUUGUUCAAGGCUUGAAAUAUUCUCUUCAUAUUUAACACAACCAUCAAAGGGAAACAAAUAAUUUGAUCACCAACUGGGAGCUACGAAGUUGUACCAGACGCCCGGUAUAAUCAGAAAACGGUGAUCACAGAUUCCUUUUUGCGAUCACUUGGUGAAUACAACCCAAUUCUUUGCUUAUGCUAUGGCUUGUUUACUAUUCUUCUUAAAUUACAUUGAAAGGUAUGGCAGCAGCUUCAUUCAAUCACACAUUGAGAGAAUUAUAAUGCUGGCCAGUUAUGUACUAAUUGGAAGGUCUAAAUUUCAUUAAUAACCCAAUUAACUUCAAUUAGUUGAGCUAAAACCCAUUUCCCUCCUGCCUAGCUCACACCUCAUUCUUCUCUCACAUUUCAUCCAGCACCAU